AUGGAGAAUUCAAACAACAUCACAGAGUUUGUCUUCAGGGGUCUGUUCCCAAAUGAAGAGGGGAGGGUAACUUGUUUCGUGUUGUUCUUACUCUGUUAUCUAGCCAUCUUGUUGGGCAAUCUUCUAAUCCUCAUCACCAUCAGAAACAGCCACCUUAGUCAGCAGCCUAUGUACAUUUUCCUUAGUUCCUUGUCUGUCAUGGACCUUUGCUUCACCUCCACAGUUGCUCCAAAGAUGAUCGCGGACCUACUGGUAGAAAGAAAAACCAUCUCCUACAACUCCUGCAUGGUCCAACUCUUUGGGGCUCACUUCUUCGGCGGGGCCGAGAUAUUCAUCCUAGUUGCCAUGGCUUACGAUCGCUAUGUCGCCAUCUGCAAACCGCUCCACUACCUGAUUGUUAUGAACCGGCAGACUUGUCGCUCAUUGGUCUUGGCCUCUUUUGUAGGGGCUUUUCUGCAUUCGAUCUCACAGAUUUUCAUCAUGGUGCGGCUACCUUUCUGUGGCCCCAAUCAGAUCGACCACUAUUUCUGUGACGUGUUUCCUCUGCUGAAGCUCGUCUGUACCGAGACCUAUUUUGCUAAUGUCUCAAUCAUUGUCAGCACUGGUGUACUGUCCCUACUAACCUUUUUUGCCUUGAUUGUUUCCUAUCUCAUCAUUUUAUCCGUCCUGAGAAAACACUCCAUAGAGGGUCGGCAGAAAGCUCUCUCUACCUGUGGUUCGCACAUCACUGUGGUACUCAUGUUUUUCUUGCCCCUCAUCUUUACUUACGUUCCCGUGGCCGAUUCCGUCAGCGAGGAUAAAGUGUUUGCCCUCUUUUACACCAUCAUCGCCCCCAUGUUCAACCCCCUCAUCUACUCGCUGAGAAACACCGAGAUGAAAAAUGCCAUGAGAAAGGUAUGGUAUAGGAAAGUGUUAUCAGAAAGAAAAUAA